AUGAAGACGGAGCUCAAGCACGUCACGGAUCACCUCACCACCCGCUCGCGUGAGGAGUUCGACGUAGCCGUAUACAACUUCAGCCUCAAUUUCUGGUUUGGCCUUACCUCCUCCACACCAAUUGACGUCUGGCCCGGCCUCUGGGAAGAGGUCGUGGAAAGCGUCUGGUUGUUCGCCCUCCCAUCGAAGGAUCGUUUUCUUCCACUACCUAAUACGUGGAAGAUUGCUCUGAAGCUUCAGGGCGGCAAAUUGAUAACUCUUGAGAUAUGCGACGGCACGCUACGACGUAGUCGAUCUGGCGAGCAACACCUAUUUCUUUUCCGCGCCUUCACUGAUGGUCGCGACCCAAGCCACGAUUUUGAGAGACUUCGUAAUACUAGCGUAUUUGUAACUGGACGCGACUGCGAGAAUAACCUCAGACUAAAGGACAUUGUGCACCAUGCGGAUCGCUCUGGAGAUAUAACCAAUUAUAGGCUGGUGAACGGUCGAGGCCGCCGCUAUUGGAUCUACAGGGUUCUCCAGAAGAUGCAGCCGUUAAUUAAGAGGAAAUCUGGAGUCCAGGCUUUCCAUAAGGAGGCAGAUGAUCUCAUGCGCCGCUGUUGGAUAUUUAAAUCGGAAAACACGGGCCAUUAUGGAUACCCAGAUGAGCCUGACAACCCUCUCAACAUCAAGGGUGGAAUUGACAUGUAUGGAGGAGGAAGGAUAGGGUUGCACAGUACCGUACAAAAAAUACCAGAAAUGGUAUGGGAAAAAUAA